AUGAUUUUCUACCCAGCUACACCGACCUACAAAGCAGAUAUAAUCUUCAUCAAGCCGGUUGAAGUGAACUUGAAAAGAGAACAAGAAGUGCAGAUCCUUGAGCUAGAAGCCCAGAUUCUGGCAGAUAUUCAACCAAUCCAGGUGACCUGGAUGCUGGGUGAUCGAGAAUUGGUGCAGUCGGAUCGUGUAGAGAUGACUUUCCUCGAGGACACUGGAGUUGCUCGACUUGUGAUCCGAAAAGCCAGUCAACCCGACUCGGGUCAGUACACCUGCGUGGCUACAGGAGAUGUGGUUGAACCAACGACAGGGAGACGACUCUCGAAGACCAUCACUUCUAGCUCAACUGUUAUCAUUGAAGCUGUGCCAGCAUACAAAGCAGAACUCCAGUUCAUUAGACCAGUUGAGGUGCAUAUGAAGCAGGCCGAGGAGGAGAAGAUUAUGGAGUAA